AUGCUUCGAGCGCUGCCUUUCGAGCCGUCACUCGAAAUCGCUUGCACGCCUUGCGGGGACGGCUUCUUCAAGCCCGGCAUCGGCGCCGAUGCGUGCACGCCGAAAAAGACGGAUUGCCCUGCGGGCGAGUACUUUACGGCAUCGACAGACAAGACGUCGGACGCCACGUGCACGGCGUGCGCCGCUGCGGAGUUCAAGGAGGGCGUGAACGCCAUCACAUCGUGCACGCCGAAGACGACGGAUUGCCCGGCGGGCGAGUACCUCGUGGAGUCGCCGGACAGCACGACGGAUUCCAAUUGCACGCCUCUGCCGCCGGACACGAUCGCCGUCUCCUUCACCCUCUCGAUCGCGGCCCCAACCACACGCCGCCUGCGCUCUCUGGAUACCAUCGACCUCGAUGAGAUCAUGACUGCUGUGAUCAACUCCUUCGCUACCCUUGCUUCCCCAGUCACCGUUACGUGGGAGCAGAUCGCCCUCGAGGAUCUCGGCGACAACAAGGUGAGAGUGACCAUCGUGCCGGCGGCGACGCAGACUGCCGCGGAGAUCAAGACCGCUGCCACCGCGACCAACAACGAUCAGAUUGAGUUUCUCGUGACCCUCGGCGCUGAGCUAGGGAAGCCAGUGCAACCACGCGACAUGCGGGUGGCCCGGGUUCAGCCAACAAGCCACGAAGCACUCGACACGGGAGCACCGGGCACGCGCGACAGCUUGCAGCGCGAUGGCCAAGAGGCCCUUCACGUAGAGCUGCAGGAUCUUGGUACGGACGACGAGCACAGCACAGUCGAGUCGCUGCAAGAGCAGAGCGAGAUGCACAGCCUGAUGGUGGAGGCUGUCGCCUCGCUGGUCGGCGGCCUCGACGCCCUCCGCGUGCUCCACACCGCCACCGAGGCUCACGUCGAGGAGAACCGCUUCGCCAACCCUCCUUCAGAGCUCGUGUUUGGGCGCCCAGCACAGGCUGCGCUGGGGGUCGAGCACUACAUGUGCGUUCCCAGGGAGGCUGUGUUGCACGGGCUGCUCGAGGGCACCGCCGCCAUCGUGCGGGAGGUGAACACCGCCGGCACCGACGACGACAGGGAGUGCCUCGAGUACGUCCUGCACGCCGAGGCGGGCUCGAGCGAGCGAGCGUAUCAGGGCGGGCUCAAGCGCGACUGCGACGAACGUGGCCGGGUGCUGGAGUGCCGAACCGUGGCCGACAGCAGCGGCGUGGUGCGCGGGAUGCGGCUGGAGGACUUUGUAUCUCACCCGAGCGCGCAGCUGGCCAACCUGACGGAGGCGCAUGUCGUCGCUCUCCGCCUCUACACGACGCAGGCCUUCAAGAGCAUUAACAACCCGCUGCGCGACAGGGAGCGCUUCGCUCGCGGCGAGGCGCACCCGCUUCCGGCGACGGUCGCGCUGCUCCGCGACGCGCUUGGCAAGCUGCGGGCGGUCGAGGCGGAGCAGAACGCGGGCGAGUCAGCGAUGCGGCGCGUUGACUUGUACCGUGGCAUGAAGGACGUCACGGCGCCGGCCAGCUUCAUGGCGCAAGGUGGCACAGAGCUUGCUCCCAUGAGCACGACGUGUGACCUCGACGUCGCGAUGAAGUACUCGGCGAGCGCCAAGUCGGUGCUGCUACGGCUAGUCACCGAGUCCUUCAUCGAACGCGGCCCGUCCAUCUCUUUCCUCUCGGCCUUCCCCAUGGAGGCGGAGUUCCUGUUCCCGCCCCUGACGUACCUGCAGCCGACGGGCGACGUCGAGACGGUGGUGGUCGAGGGGCUCACGUAUGAGGUGGUCGACGUGCGGCCGCGGAUUUAA